GCAAUGAAACCGCGGUGCCUGCGCGGAAACUGACUCAUUUUCCAUUUCGGCGUCAAGUGUUUUGCACAACCCCGGUGCGUUUUCCCACCAACCGUCACCAUGGUUGUAGUCAGCAUUGAAAGCACGGAAGAGUUUGAUGGUUACCUGAAGAACAGUGGAGACAAGCUCAUUGUGGUGGACUUCACAGCCGUGUGGUGUGGCCCUUGUAAAACCAUGGCCCCAAUUUUUGAAGAAUUGUCCAAUAACGCGGCUUACGCGGAUGUGAUUUUCCUUAAAGUCGACGUGGAUAAGUGUGAGGAAGUGAGCACCAAAUCUGGUGUCCAAUGCAUGCCCACAUUCCACUUUUACAGGAAUGGAAGUCGGGUAGAUUACUUCUCUGGGGCCAAUCAAGCAACACUAAAGAAAAAGUUAGCAGAACUGACCAGCGCGUAGGUUCGCUGAAACACUUGCUAAGAACUGUUUUUCUGUGUGUGGUGUUUCCAUCCUGGCGGAUUGAAUAAAUGAUAUCUUGGGACCCUUCA